CUAGGAAGCAAGAAAGUGUCCGUUUCAUUCUCAUAAGUCAAACAUCCUAGAUUGUUGUUUUGGAAAUAGAGGUCUACAUUGUGAGUUAUAUUUUCUAAAUAUUUAAAGAUGCAUCCAUACAUGUUUUAUUAACAGUAGACAAUAGUUUGGGUGGAACGAACAAACGCUUAGCUAGCUAAAUAAGGACGGAUUGCUGGCUAGCUGUGUUGUUAGCCAGACAGGCACCUACUGUACAGUAUUUCACGUAGCUAACGUUACUAGCUAACUAGCAUUCGCCACAAACUCGAAGAAAAAUAUAUAGCCAACAAUCUAGCAGAUUAUCUGUAUCUUUUUGGUAAGAUGAUGUUGGAGUUAUGUCAUUCAGUUGUGAAAUUAUGGAGCUUUUUUUUUCUUUCAGUUAGGCAUGUUCUUCUGUUUUGGGCUUGAGUUUGUUUUGUGUUUGGCAUGCAAUUUCAACGACUAACGUUAGCUAGGCCUCACUGCAGGUGCUAAAUUAAUUGCAUUUAUGCCUAAUGAAAUAAACAAACGUGAGUAUUGCCUAUUAUAUUUACUACCUAGAUGUAUUUAGCUUUGAUUGAAAAUGUGCAAUUGAAUGAGAUGCGAGUGAUUUUAAUUGUUAUACAUUGACAUCAAACUUCAACAUUGUUUUUCUAGGUAACACGCCAGACAUGGCAUCAAAAAGCACCAAGGAGACCAUUGUCAACAAGUUAGGCUUUAAAUCCAGUGUCUCAAAGCAAGCAGAAGUGGAAAUGGACAGACUCAGGAAGGAGAAUGCUCAACUGAAGAAGCAGAUGGAUGAAAUAUCUAAACGAACGGCGAGGCCACCAGACUCAGACAAGAACAAACUGCUAGAGGUAACUAGCUAGCAAAAUGACAAAGCAUAGUAGCUUGUGUAAAAAGAGACUAUUGUGAGAUGCUUAGGCUAACUAGUAUUGCCAGCCCAAUGAUUAUUAUAAAGUUAUAAAGUCAAAAUGUAAUGGGGUUUAUACAGUAGUGAUGAGGGAGCCUACAUCCAUAAACAGAAAAGAUGUCAAACCAAAACAACCAUUGCACUCAACACAUUCAUAAACUUGUUGUGACCAUCAAUCACUUUCACUUUCACCAUGUGGCUUUUGGUCUGUGGGUUUAGCACCCUUGCCUUUUUAAAUUGUCUUGAUGGAGUUGUGAUAAUAUAAAGAUGAGUCAUGUUCAAUUAAGAAAAAUUCACUAUCAAAUGUAAUUCAAUUCAUACACAUUUUGCAAUUGAUUGCAGAGGAUUCUGUCUCUGGAGACGUUGAGGGAGAGGAACACUCAGCAGCUGCUGGCUAAGGACAAGGAGGUGGAGACUCUGAGACAACAGCUGAGUUCCAGUGGGGGAGAGGUGGUGGCAUCGCUCCAGUCUCAGCUGAACCAGGGGAGGAGAGAGGCCGAGCACAGAGAGAAACUCUUCCAGUCCCUCUCGGAGGAGACCGGGAACCUGAAGAACAAGUUGGUGGCGGUGUCUGCAAGGUGUCAGGCAUUGGAGGAACAGGAUCCUGAUUUCCAGGUUGGUGAGCUGAAUCUUCAGGCUACUGAGGAGGCCUAGACGUUGUUCCAUUGUGUUAACCUAGGAUCAGUUAUGGAGGGAAUGUAUGUGUGACAAGAAGACACUUCAAAGUUCACGCCCCUCCAUAUUCAAACAUUGCCGUUUCCAGUAUGAAUGUUGUGGUUAGGCUGGUGGCAUACCAAUUUGUAAGUCGCUCUGGAUAAGAGCGUCUGCUAAAUGACGUAAAUGUAAAAAUUCAAAAUCUCAAGGUGAACUAUUAUUUUUAAACUCUAGAUGGCAGCCUUUGCUCUCUGAAUGGCUCCUUCUCUGACAUAAUACUUGUUAACUCUCAGCUCAGGUGGCGUGCAUUAGUGCUGGGUUGUGUUCAGUACGGCGGAACGGUGUGCAACGAUGAAUUAAACCGAAACGGCACUGUACUGAACAACCAGUUGAAAAACGUUGGGAUUAUGGUGGCCUACAGGGCAAUUACCAUAUGGUGUGCUGCAAGAGUUUUGCGUUUUUAGAUGGUCACACCUAUAUUGAUCAGGCCACACCACCAAACGGAAGCAAACUUACCUCAAAGGCUGUUGACGAACGGUGCACAUAGUUUUGGGGAAGCGUGUUGUUCAGUACAAACUGUCACUCAACGUAGCAAAUGUUGAAGCGAUCUGAACGCACCCCAGGGCUACUCAACAAUAUUCUUAUGGGGGCCACAUUGCAGGGGGGCCAGACAUUUUCGACAUGCGAUUAUUCUUCCGAAGAAAUGUAUGAAAAACAACACACGCACACACACCAUUAUAAAGCACUUGAAUGUGGCUAAAAGUAAUUAGGUCAUUUUAAAAAUCCUCUGAAAACAAAGGAUUUUAUUUUUGCUGCCCUAACACACAGAUGGUGAUAACAUGGACCAGCAAGCUAUUUGAUUCUCUAUUUUAGAGGGGGUGGGGGGAAGUAGCCUAUGCUUUGAAUGAAUUUUCCCCAGUCAUUAGGUCAUUGUUCUCACGCCCUUCUAACAUUUCCUGCACGACUUCGUAGAGAGAAACAGAAGGCGUGUACGUGUCCCUGAGAGUCUUAGCUUUCAGGAAUGGGGUGAUGUUAGCUUAUUGCACACUGUUCACACACUAGAGUCAAAUUCAUAGGAAGAUUUUUUUUUUUUGCUGAAGCUGCUAGAAACCACACUAAUAGGCCUUGUCAUUUUGGCAAUAAACGUCAGAUUUCCGUCUCCAUAUUUUUGAUUAAUGUUCAGAAUUGAUCAAGGGGCCAGUCUAAAUUGAUUAAAGUGCCGGAUCUGGUCCGCAGCCGCCAGUUGAAUGGGCUCUGGCAGCAUUUCCUAUUUAUCAUCUUUGAUGAUUCAAUUAUGACAUUUCAUUCCGAUUUCUUAUCUAGCCAGUCGUCUAAAUGUCAUAUUUCUAAGAGUGACAAUGACGAGUUAGCCAUUUUUUAUGAUUACAGAGCUUCACAAACAUUAAUUGUUUAACCUUUUGAACUCUCUUUGACCACACUACCAGACGAGUAUGACCCCCCUGAUAAAAUGACUUUUUCCUCAAUUUAAUAAUUUAAAGUUAUUUACCAGUAGUCUUAUUCAUAGAGAGAGAACUAGUUUUAUUAUCUGUAUGCCCUAAUCCGUCUCCAACUUUCAAAUAACCAUGAGGUCAUGUUCAAGGAAAUCCACCUCCCGACAGGCCCUCAUCACCGGGGGCAUUACCCUCCUGUACAUAACCCCCACCCCAUAUGUUCAGUCAUAGAGGAUGGGCAAAGUUGACAAACGUAUGAUCCCAGUCCCUUUAAGGGCCUGAGCUGACCAAUAGGCCUUACUGCGGCUCAACCUUGAGACGCCCUGCCUCCUUAGGUCAUAGGUAUCAGUUUGCUGGGUCAUACCCAGGGGAUCAAACGUCAACGUCUGGGUCAACUUUAACAUUAUUAUUAUGAUGAGAUGGACCUGGCGUCGCUCUCGAGGGAUUGCAGAAUGAAGGCAGCCUCUCCAGGGAUAGUUGGUCAAGGCCUAGGUGUUAUGGGGGAUAUAUUCCAGCCAGGCUUACUAUGACUAGGCUGCCGCUGCCAAGAGGUGGCUGGGUCACUGACUGGUUAAAGGACACACUAGGCGUUAUAUUAUUGUAUGCAGUACUUAACUUGAGGCGGCUUUGCAUUUAGCUGGGCUUACAGCCCUUUUUUAUGAUUUGAUUAUGUCCUCUUUAAAGGCCCAGUGUGGUCAAAAACGUGAUUUUCCUGUGUUUUAUAUAUAUUUCCACACACUGAGGUUGGAAUAAUACUGUGAAAUUGUGAAAAUUAUGAUUAUGCCCUUUUAGUGUAAGAGCUGUUUGAAAAGACUGCCUGAAAUUUCAGCCUGUUUUGGUGGGAUGGAGUUUUGUCCUGCAUGUUGACAUCACCAGGUGGUAAAUUAGUUAAUAGACCAAUAAGAAAGUGUUCCAAACCACUCUGCCAAUAACAGCUAGUUUUCAGUUUUCCCUUCCCCACUCAGACCACUCCCAGACAGUUCUAGCACAAUUCUUGCUUGAGAAAUUGCUCUUUGCUAAGAAGCUAUUUUUGUUUUUUGACCAUUUUAAUUGAAUACAAUCACAGUACGGUACUUAAUUGUUACCCAGAAAUGAUGUGAUAUACAGAUAAAAACGUCUGCAUUAGGUUUUUUAAGUAAAGCAUCCAAGACUCGUUUCCCACAGACCCACAUAGAACAGACCAUGUCUUCACGUAGAAAGUGAUUGUAUCUGUUGUGUUCACCUAUGCAAUUGUUUUGAUAUAUUCUAAUACCUGUGUUUCUAUACUGUUUGAUAGAAUGGCCAGGUCCCCUCUGGUGAGGUUGCAGUAGUUCAGGAUCACCUGAGAGAUGUGAGUUGAAUAAUUUGUCAAGAUUAAAAUGGCCAUUUUCUUUUCGUCUUUGUCUGCUCAAAAAUCGUAGUGCGUUGUGUGGAAAACUGUAUCAUCUAACCCUUACCCCCGUUGUGUGUUUUUCCUGGGUUACGAAAGGCUUUGGAGAAGAACCAACAGUGGAUGGUUUAUGACCAGCAGCGAGAGGCCUAUGUCAAGGCAGUCCUGGCCAGAACCCUUGAGUUGGAGCAGCAACUAAAUCAAGCCAACCAAGCACUCCAACAACAACACAAAGAAGGCAAUUCAGCCGGUAAAAAAACAGGGCCUCUGAGCCUACAGUGCAGUGUGGGAUUUGGCACUCGUUUGCUGUUAAGAGUAAAUCCACCGUUAAAAAUCGGCAGAUCCCACAAUGUUCUCCGCAUUAUAAAGGUUGAUUUCACACAUUUUUUCCCCAUGUGGUUAAAAUAAUUAUCCUCUAGACUAACGCUUGUUAGUCUGUGAAUACAAAAUUACUUAAUUGGGGGGAUGGAGGGGUUCUACUAAGCUAACAUAUGGAAUUGUUUUAAGAUAGUCAUAGCGCUGACCAUUUAGCUAUUUGAUUUAGAAUUUUAGGAUCCUUUUAUGUCUCCCCCCAAAAAUAUAUAAAAAAUAUUUGAUGAAACAUUGAAUUUGGCCUUACUGCUAUUAGCCCAUAGAAAUGCAUUGAAUACCAGAUUCAUACAUGGAAAAACAGAUAGUAAAAAAAUCUAAAGGAAGUUUGUUUUGAAGUGUCUGUCCUAUAUCUAAGAGAUAUAAGGAAGAUCAGGAAACUAUUUGUAUUUUUUUUUUUACACUUAUUUAACCCCUUAUUUUAGGCACUAAACUAUAUAUACACUACCGUUCAAAAGUUUGGGGUCACUUAGAAAAUUCCUUGUUUUCGAAAGAAAAGCAUAUUUUUUUACCAUUAACAUAACAUCAAAUUGAUCAGAAAUACAGUGUAGACAUUAAUGUUGUAAAUGGCUAUUGUAGCUGGAAACGGCUGAUUUAAAAAAAAAAAAUGGAAUAUCUACAUAGGCGUACAGAGGCCCGUUAUCAGCAACCAUCAGUCCUGUGUUCCAAUGGCACGUUGUUUGCUAAUCCAAGUUUAUCAUUUUAAAAGGCUAAUUGAUCAUUAGAAAACCCUUUUGCAAUUAUGUUAGCACAGCUGAAAACGGGUGUUUUGCGGGUACUAUUUAAUGAAGCUGCCAGUUGAGGACCUGUGAGGCGCCUGUUUCUCAAACUAGACACCAAUGUAUUUGUCCUCUUGCUCAGUUGUGCACCGGGGCCUCCCACUCUUCUUUCUAUUCUGGUUAGAGCCAGUUUGCGCUGUUCUGUGAAGGGAGUAGUACACAGCGUUGUACGAGAUCUUCAGUUUCUUGGCAAUUUCUCAGAUGGAAUAGCCUUAAUUUCUCAGAAAAAGAAUAGACUGACGAGUUUCAGAAGAAAGUUAUUUUUUCUGGCCAUUUUGAGCCUGUAAUCGAACCCACAAUUGCUGAUGUUCCAGAUACUAGUCUCAAGAAGGCCAGUUGUAUUGCUUCUUUAGUCAGCACAACAGUUUUCAGCUGUGCUAACAUAAUUGCAAAAGGGUUUUCUAAUGAUCAAUUAGCCUUUUAAAAUGAUAAACUUGGAUUAGCAAACACAACGUGCCAUUGGAGCACAGGACUGAUGGUUACUGAUAAUGGGCCUCUGUACGGCUAUGUAGAUAUUCCAUAAAAAAUCAGCCAUUUCCAGCUACAAUAGCCAUUUACAAAAUGUCUACACUGUAUUUCUGAUCAAUUUGAUGUUAUUUUAAUGACCCCAAACUUUUGAACGGUAGUGUAUACUUCCAUUCAUUUUUUUAAACUGGUACCAGGCUGCCUUCAGGUUUGGCUUGUGGGCGUCCUAGAGCAAAACAACCGACAUGUUCGUGAGAGACUCACCUUUCCAUAGAGGGUCAUAUUCGUGUGUAGCCCAAACCGUUCGGACGCUACAGACAGAAGUUGGCAGAAGGGCGGUACCGACUUCAGACGAAGCCCGUGACGCUUGUGGGGGUCGUAGACCUUCCAUCGCAGAUGCCGAAAGCUGCCAUUGGCGGAUGCGGUGGAUUGAGUCGCAGGCCUUGCAAAAAAAACAGAUGGAUUUUGAUGGGGAUUUUGUAUUAUGCUAAUUUAGAUUUCCGCGAGGACGCAGAAAUUGACUCAAGCUUAUAAUUAGCCGUUAAAAAAUUAGUUCUAAUUAGCUAUUACAAUGGUAAAGCAUAGUCUGCUUGGCAAACAGUACUUCCUAGUGACCCAUUCAUAAUAAUAGUAAUAAUAAUAAUAUGCCAUUUAGCAGACACUUUUAUCCAAAGCGACUUAGUCAUGUGUGCAUAAAUUUUUACGUAUGGGUGGUCCCGGGGAUCGAACCCACUACCCUGGCGUUACAAGCGCCAUGCUCGACCAAUUGAGCUACAGAGGACCAUAAGUGUUGCAUAGAGGAUCGUAUUAUAUUGUAACCCUGCUUAAUUUCCCCCCAGCACCGGAGAAGUCUUCCUCCCAGCUGCAGGAGUACUACGACAAGCUUCUGCUGCAAGCCAAGCGGGAUGUGGAGGCCCACAAGGAGGCGGCGGCGCGGGCCCAGGGGAGGUACGAGGAGCGCUGCAGGGAGGUGGCCGAGGCCCGGGAACAGCUCCAGGCCGAGCGCCUCAGCAGCAGACACACAGUUAGCGAGGAGAGGAAGUGCUCGGCCGACCGCACCGACAGGAUGCGGUCCGAGCUGGACAGCAUGGACGCCAGGCUGGAGGAGGAGAGGAAGAGGUGUGCUGAGCUGCUGCUGCAGGUACUGUUCCACACCAGGGAGAUACUUUAUGCAGUUUUAUUACGCAGCUUUGGUUGACCAGUUUGAGUUGAUUUAUAAAGCGUUCUCUUUUGCAACCACGGCCUGUGGAAGAGUUGCUGGGGAAAGGUUGGUGUUUUAAAUGAGUCAGGUUGUAUCUCGUCGAAUAUCUAUACCUAUCUAACAACAGUUCAAUCUAGCAGUUCAAGAUAGUUGGGGAUUAAAUACAAAUGUUCUGUGUCGAUCCCUGUCUCUCAGCCACUUUCCUGUCUAUGCUCGUUCUUCUUCGCACCUUCUACACGUUCCCACUGUUCUUUCAAUACAAAUAGUAAUACUGAACGUAGAUCAGACCUUCAAUUUCCUUUAAGACCAAAUAGUGUUUUCUGUUCAGGUGAAUCUACUCCAGAAAUCUCUGUUAAACCAAAACGAGGAACAGAAGAGAGUUGGCAUACUGGAGCAGCAGGUAUGUAGGUCGUUUAUUAUAUACGCAUGGUCACUUUACCCCUACCUACAUGUACAAGUUACCUCAACUAACCUGUACCCCUGCACAUUGACUCGCUACCGGCACCCCUGUAUAUAGCCUCGUUAUUGUUAUUUUAUUUAGUAAAUAUUUUCUUCACUAUAUUUCUUGAACUGCAUUGUUGGUUAAGGGCUUGUAAGUAAGCAUUUCACGGUAAGGUCUACACCUGUUGUAUUCGGCGCAUGUGACAAAUAGAAUGUGAUUUGAUUUUUGUAUUGGCAACCAAAACCAUUCCUGACUCUAGUUUGUGAAAUACUCAGUUAUAUAACAUCUCUUAUUAAUACAACAUCCAAGAUCUCUGCAGUGCUCUCUUGAUUUGCUGUUGUCUAUUACCCCCAGAUCCAGCUGUCUGCCAAAGAAUUUGAGAACGAGAAACUUGAUCGGCAGAGUUUACAGCAUCAGUUGCACAAUGUCCUGAAAGAGCUGCGCAAGGCUCGGGACCAAAUCACAAGACUGGAAUCCAGCCAUCAAGUAAGCAUUGCGAAAUAUUGCAGUACACUUCAAUUAUUUUGACAUUUCUACUUUUAAAUUGUGUUGUCAUGAAUACCUUUGCUAUCUUCAGAUAAGCAACUGUGCACCAAUUGAUAGGUUUCUAUGUAUUUUCAAUUUCAAAAACAGCAGAGAGGGUCUCGUUUCUCUGAGCCAAGUUCUUACAACAAGCUGGAGUUUGAUAGGCUGUCCAUUGAGGAUCCCAUCCCCACCUCGCCCUCCAAAAACCUCCUGGACGAGAGUUUCCUGGAGUGUCCAAAGUGCAGAGCCCCAUACACCACCAGUCAGCACAGAGAACUGCUGGCCCACCUGGACUACUGUUUCGCUUGA